AUGGAUACGGCCAUUGACCUCUCGGAUGCCUCCAAGGCCUUGGACCUAGCCAACAUUCGUUUCCAGUUGAUUCGCCUGGAAGACUCGAUCACCUUCUAUCUCAUCGAGCGCGUUCAAUUCCCCCUGAACAAGCCCAUCUACGUCCCCGGGGGCGUCACCAUCCCCGGCGAUGACCACUGUCUCAUGGACUACCUGCUCCGCGAGCAGGAACGCAUCCAGUCCCGCGUCCGCCGCUACCAGUCGCCCGACGAGUACCCCUUCUUCCCGGAUGUUCUGGAGGAACCCAUCCUCCAGCCGCUGCAAUACCCCCGCAUCCUCCACGAGAACGAUGUGAACGUCAACGAGAUCAUCAAACGGCGGUACGUGGAGGACAUCCUUCCGGCCAUCUGCCCCAAGUUCGGCCGCGAAGACCGCGGCGAGACCCAGGAGAACUACGGCUCCUCGGCCACCUGCGACGUCAACUGUCUCCAGGCGCUGUCGCGGCGCAUCCAUUUCGGCAAGUUCGUUGCCGAGUCCAAGUUCCAGAAGGACCCGGAAACCUUUGUCAAGUUGAUCAAGGCCGAGGAUCGGGCGGGCAUCGAUGCGGCCAUCACCAAUGCGGCCGUCGAACAGAAGGUCCUGGAGCGGUUGGCUUUGAAAGCAAAGACCUACGGCACGGACCCGGCCUUCCCCACGGAAGCCGGUACCAAGAUUGAUGUGGAUGCGGUAGUCGCCAUGUACAAAGAAUAUGUGAUUCCCCUGACCAAGGUGGUCGAGGUCGAGUACCUGAUGCAGCGCCUGAAGGGGACCCAAUGGGAAUGA